AUACAAUAAAAGGAGGGGAAGUUAAGUUUUAUUGACUCGAAAUAUAGAAAUUUGAAAUUAAAACAUUUCUCAAAUGGAGCACAAACCAUCAAACCUUACACAGUCGUUUGACAACAUCCCAGCUAUCGAUGAAGAUGAUCAACUUGUCGUCAAAGAUGAACAAGUUUCUAAUAUUUCGAAUGGAAUGGGAUCGAAAUCUUUAGAAUCAAUCAAUUCAUAUGACGGAUCUCGAAAUGGUGACUCACAAGAACAAGAGGAUGAUGUUGAAAAGGCAAGACUCAUCAGUCAAGUAUUAGAGUUGCAAAAUACCCUUGACGAUUUAAACCAAAGAGUUGAUGGUGUUAAGGAAGAAAAUCUGAGAUUAAAAUCUGAAAAUAUGGUUUUGGGGCAGUACAUUGAAAACCUAAUGUCAGCUUCAUCAGUUUUCUCAUCAACGAGCCCAACAAACAAUAUGAAAAAGAAGUAAAUUUUGAAAAGUGAAAUGUAUUGCUUCUGUGCUUUCCAUAUCUAUUUAAUUUCCAUUCUAAUCUUGAUAUUUAUAACUUUAAGUAGCUUUAUUACAAUUUUUUAUUUAAGUCGCAAAAGUGCAGUUCAUUAGUCUGGUGUAUAGUUGAGAGGUUUCAACAUUAUUAUGACAAAUUCAACCUAAUUUUCUGCUUUAAUAUUUUACUCAUAAUAAUAUUACAAAUUAACAUCAGAUGAAACAAAAAAAAAAUCUAAUAAAAUUGUAUUUUAACGCUUUUUAAGCAUUAAUCUCUUAUAAUAAACGAAAUGCCUGAAAACUCUUGAUGUUUAUAUGAACAAAAAUUGACAUCCUUUAUUUUUUAUUAUUAAAGUUAAUUACGGCAAUAUUCUUAUAAAUUCAAUCUUAAAAUCGAUUGAUCAAACUAAGCACAUGUUGUUUCUCAUGUUCUCGCCAUUCAGCGUUUUGUGCAUCACCCAAAUUUCCAGCAUAUUCACGCAUGACAU